AGUUAUAAAUAUGGGCCAAACAAUUAUAAAUAACAUAACGGGCCAAACAAUCACAUAUGGCCGGACAAUAUGUCUACGCUUGGUGUAAACUUUGUAUUAUCAACCCGAACCGAAAUGACCGGCUAAGAAGUAAGAACAAAUAACAGAACCGUUCGGAGAUUAAUAUCAAGGGUCUUAAUACAGAACCGGUACGGGAUGAAUGAGUUAAGUAUAAAUUGAAGAAGAUCGACUUGUUAACGAAGAGAAUCAAAAGAAGAAGAGGAGGAAGAACAAUGGAUGUCGACUAUUACAAGGUUCUUCUAGUUGAUCGGGACGCGAAGGAUGAAGAUUUGAAGAAAGCUUAUCACAAACAGAAACUCGCCAUGAAGUGGCAUCCCGACAAGAACCCUAACAGCAAAAAAGAAGCCGAAGCCAAAUUCAUGCAGAUCGCCGAAGCUUACGAUGUUCUGAGCGACACUCAAAAGCGAGCCAUCUACGAUCAGUACGGAGAAGAUGGCUUAAAUAUCCAGGCUCCGCCUCCUCCGCCCCCCGGCGGUUGGGUGGUUAAAGACUUCCUCUCGCAGUUCUAUAGCUGCUCAAGACCCUUUGGUGACUCACCGUUCCCGUUCGCUGAGGAAUUGUUGUCUUCUUAUAAAUAAGCCUCUAAUGCUCCACCGAAGAAAGCUGCUCCUAUAGAGAGACAACUUCCUUGUAGUUUGGAUGAUUUUUUACUCUGUUUUUUUUUCAUACACAUUGCUAUUGCAUUGAUGUCUAAGAGACUACCUGGUUGUGGAUUUAAGUUCCAAAACAUUGUUUUAUUCGUAAAGUUUUAUUUAGAAAGGGUCGAGAUUGGUUGUUUUUAUCUUGAGUUGUGUAGAGUGAGCGUAUCCGAGCUUUGUUUGGGAGA